AUGAUCGCUUCUCGCUUGCUUGCGUCUGCCGACUGUCUUUCCUUUCGCGAAGUUCAACAAAAGGUUUUGAUGACUACGAGGUGGAGCUGGAGAGCGAUUGUGGUUUUCAUAUGGUGGUGCGCUAUCACCAGCACAACGCAAGCUAUCUGGUUAGACUUACCCACUUCAGGAACCAAGUGUGUCUCUGAAGAGAUUCAAAACCACGUGGUUGUUCUUGCUGAUUACUCCCUCAUCAAUGGUCAAGAGGACGCCCAUAUGCCCUCCGGCGCCACAAUUUCCGUUCGGGUAACCUCGCCAUAUGGAAACAAUCUCCACCACAAAGAGAACAUGACUCAUGGUCAAUUUGCAUUUACAACUAACGAAUCAGGCAACUACUUGGCAUGUUUUUGGGUAGAUGGUCAUCAUCAAGGUACUAAGGGUCUAACUGUUAGUCUUGACUGGCGAAUUGGUAUUGCUGCAAAAGAUUGGGAGUCCGUUGCAAAGAAAGAAAAGAUUGAUGGUGUUGAAUUCGAAUUGAGAAAGCUCGAGGGUGCUGUGGAAGCCAUCCAUGAGAAUUUGAUCUAUUUAAAGAACAGGGAAGCAGAGAUGAGGGAAGUGAGCGAAAAGACGAAUGCAAGGGUGGCUUGGUUUAGCAUCCUGUCUCUUGGUGUUUGCAUUGCAGUUUCAGUUUUGCAGUUGUGGUACUUGAAACGAUUUUUCCACAAGAAGAAGCUUAUUUAAACCCUUAUAUUAAAACAAAACAAACACUCACUACUUUCAGAGAGUUUUGGAAAAUGGGGUUGAUAGAUUCGGCUUCUUUAUCAAAAACUCGUAAAGAUGUGGUGGAUGUGAUUAUUUCUACUCCUUGGUGGUGCCUUUGGAACUUCAAGAACAAGCAUGUGUUUGAUCUUGUUAGGCCGAAAAUAGAUAGGCUUUUUGAUGAUUUUGUGUCUUUUGAUGGGUGGUUCAUAGGAAGCAUAAAUUUCAUAUAAAUUAAAAUGGAAUUUGUGGCUUCAAAACCCUAUUUUACAUGCUUUGAUGUAAUUGUUCCUUUUUUCACUAGUUUCAAAAAAAUAUCUACUCUUUUUUUGUCACAUGAUAAUUAUCUAUAUUUGGUUUGA